CAGCGCAUUGGCCUUUGUAUACAUGUUUGUAUUCUGAGGUACAUUUUUUUCUUUUAUUUUUUUUUACAUACAUUUUUGUUUGUAGUUCCCUCCACCACAAAAAAGGCCAUAGAUAUUGUUCCUGCCUCUGCUUUUAAAUUUGAAAGCCAAUUUGAGUUCUUUCCCUUCAACCCCCACAGCCCAGUGAAGGACAGCACAUCUCAUUUCUCAGAGGAGCUGUAAGCUUCUCCCCACUCACAUACCUUUGAAGGUUUUUGGCUCCAAUAACUGGACAACCAUACGAGGCAAUCAAUUUUGCAGUUUGAAAAAACAAUUUUUUAAAUAUAAUCCUGGUAAACACUUUCUGGUGUCUCCUUUUAAAACUAUCAGAAUUUUUUUUGUUUAUUAGUUUAUGUAUCAUAUUUGUCCCUGACCUGUAUCUCUUUUAGUCCCAAUGUCCUUUGCCCCGACCUUUUACCAAUGGUCACCCCCUCUCCUUUCAGGAAGAAAGGCUGGAGUUUUUAAUAUUGAAACAUUUAAUCUAUAUUGUCAAUUUUGAACCUCGGCCCAUGCAUUCUCAUAUAGAUUUUGGAGGGAAAAUGCUGGCUCGGUCUUUGAAGAAUAUAUGAACUGAUGAGAAGCUAGAUUAUCUUUGCAGUGCAAAAGGUAAGAUGGUUUCUAACCUAACCACUACACUCUAUUAUGGUUUAUCAAGUGCCCAGUGACAAGCUUUUGGUCUCAGUUAUCUGUCAGUAGAGUUGCUGCCAGUGGGUUACACUUUCCUUUGUCAUUUAAAGACUUCGGUCUAUGUAAAGGGGUUCCCUGGGUUGAACUAAAAAUAUGGAGAUGUCGCGGUGGUUACAGGCCAUCUUAUUGCUUGCUGGAGGGGGGUAAAGGAGUGGGGAGGAGCAUCAGGGAGUCACAAGCUCCCCUGCUCUGUCGCUCCACCCCCCCGCGCGCUCGCUAAGGAUUGGUGGAGUGUGCGCGCUGAGAGCUGCCUUCCUGACCCUUCAGUUUUGCCCUGUCAGUGCUUUGACAGUGCUUUUCCAUGCACACAUGCAUUAGUUCUUCUUUUGACUAGGCUUGAGACUGUUAAACUGGGAUUAUGAAUGAGUGCUCAUUCUUAAGUGCCUUAGAAUGGUUCCAAGUGUAGUCAGGCAGACAGCUCGCAAUCUGCACUCCACCACCUGCAUCAGAUGCUGGGUUAGAAAGACCGGAACACGCAGCAACAGCGAUGACUUCUUUAUUUCAGAGCUUUGGAGGCUUCUAGAUACCAAUAAUUAAACCACAGACUUUUCUCCUCACCCAUUGGCCAGGAUUCAAGAAAGCAAGCCAGGAUAAUGAAAUCAAAGAUUUAUCAGGAUUUCAUGAAAAUGCAUUAAGAAAUGAUUAAUACUUCUUCCCUUUUCCUUCAAAUAUGUAAUACUAUUCCCAAAGAAAUGGGAUCAGUUCAUUUGGCCAAGAUCAAGCCAGUAACUGUCCUCCUGUAGUUUGAUAUGAAACCUUCAUUCAACUUAUAUUUAGCUGAUAAAAAAACAUAUAAAAGCACGUAUAAAAGCCUUUCUUCCCUCCCACUUACCCAAAAGCAUUUCUUUUCUUUUCUUUGAAAUGAAAUGGUCAUUGCAUGAAUGAAAACCUAAGUAGGCUAUAGUCCAUUGUUAUGUUUGUUGUGUUUUGGAGGAACCUGUUUUAUUUCCAUAUUUAAAAGCGAAUGUAUUGUUUGAAGACUUUUACUAACUAUCUUGUUUUCUGAUUUUGUCUCUUUUGGUUUUUCCACAACUGAUAUUGUUAUUUAGAAGGUUUCAGGUGGGUGACACUAUUCCUGCGUAGGUGCCUGGCGGAAAGGAACACUAGGGCACCCUCAGUCCUCUCCUCUUCUUCCAGCCAGCUGCGACCACAACUCUGACAAAGUCCAAAAAUAUGGCUUGCUACCUGAAAGCCAUUGAGACUCAGCCCAACUUUGCAGUGGCUUGGAGCAACCUGGGCUGUGUAUUCAACGCUCAAGGAGAGAUAUGGCUGGCCAUACACCAUUUUGAAAAGGCUGUGACUCUGGACCCAAAUUUCCUUGACGCAUACAUCAAUUUAGGAAAUGUUUUGAAAGAGGCCCGCAUUUUUGACAGAGCUGUGGCUGGAUACCUGAGAGCCUUGAGUCUGAGCCCCAACCAUGCGGUUGUCCAUGGAAACCUGGCUUGUGUCUACUACGAGCAAGGCCUUAUUGAUCUGGCUAUUGAUACCUACCGCCGCGCUAUUGAAUUGCAGCCCCACUUCCCUGAUGCUUAUUGUAAUUUGGCAAAUGCCCUGAAGGAGAAAGGCAAUGUGUCUGAAGCAGAAGAGUGCUACAACACAGCCUUGCGUUUGUGUCCAACCCACGCAGACUCUCUUAACAACUUGGCCAAUAUCAAGCGUGAGCAAGGCAAUAUUGAAGAGGCAGUUCAGCUCUAUAGGAAAGCACUAGAGGUGUUCCCAGAGUUUGCUGCAGCUCACUCCAACCUUGCCAGUGUCCUGCAGCAGCAGGGAAAACUCCAGGAGGCCCUCAUGCACUACAAGGAGGCCAUCAGAAUCAGCCCCACAUUUGCGGAUGCCUACUCAAACAUGGGCAAUACACUUAAGGAAAUGCAAGAUGUACAGGGAGCACUGCAAUGCUACACCCGUGCCAUACAGAUCAACCCUGCCUUUGCUGAUGCUCACAGUAAUUUGGCCUCUAUCCACAAGGAUUCAGGAAACAUUCCAGAGGCCAUCGCAUCUUACCGCACAGCCUUGAAACUCAAGCCGGACUUCCCUGAUGCUUACUGCAACUUGGCACAUUGUCUGCAGAUUGUGUGUGACUGGACAGAUUAUGAUGAGCGGAUGAAGAAGCUUGUGAGCAUUGUGGCUGACCAGCUGGAAAAGAACCGCUUGCCUUCAGUGCACCCACACCACAGCAUGCUGUAUCCACUCUCUCACGGUUUCCGCAAGGCCAUUGCUGAACGCCACGGAAACCUUUGCCAGGACAAGGUACACGCACUGAUCAAAAUCAAUGCACUGCACAAACCUGCGUUUGAGCAUCCAAAGGACCUGAAGGCUAGCGGUGGUCGUCUGCGUGUUGGCUACGUCAGCUCUGACUUCGGCAACCACCCCACUUCCCACCUCAUGCAAUCCAUUCCUGGAAUGCACAAUCCUGAGAAAUUUGAGGUGUUCUGCUAUGCGCUCAGUCCUGAUGAUAGUACCAACUUCCGUGUGAAAGUGGUAGCAGAAGCUCAUCAUUUCACAGAUCUCUCACAGAUUCCUUGCAAUGGCAAGGCAGCUGAUCGCAUUCACCAGGAUGGAAUUCACGUUCUGGUCAACAUGAACGGAUACACCAAGGGAGCCCGAAAUGAGCUGUUUGCCCUCCGCCCUGCCCCCGUUCAGACUAUGUGGCUGGGUUAUCCUGGAACUAGUGGGGCUCCCUUCAUGGACUACAUCAUUUCUGACAAGGAAACGUCACCUUUGGAAGUAGCUGACCAGUAUUCUGAGAAACUGGCCUACAUGCCUCAUACUUUCUUCAUCGGAGACCACGCUAACAUGUUCCCCCACCUUAAGAAAAAAGCUGUGAUUGACUUCAAAUCUAAUGGACAUAUCUUUGACAACCGCAUUGUCCUAAAUGGUAUUGAUCUCAAGGCUUACUUGGACAGUCUCCCAGAUGUGAAAGUGAUAAAGAUGAAGUGUGAUAACAACCAGGAAGCUACUGUAGAUACAAACGGAACUCUGUCCAUGCCCGUCAUCCCCAUGAACACAGCAGCUGAAGCAAUCAUCAACAUGAUCAACCAAGGCCAAAUCCAGGUCACAAUCAAUGGCUUCACGGUUAGCAAUGGCCUGGCAACCACACAGAUCAACAACAAAGCUGCCACUGGGGAGGAGGUGCCACGCACAAUUGUUGUGACAACCCGCUCCCAAUAUGGUCUCCCAGAAGACUCUAUUGUCUAUUGCAACUUUAACCAGCUCUACAAGAUUGACCCCCCGACUCUUCAGAUGUGGGCCAACAUUCUGAAGCGUGUGCAUAACAGCGUGCUAUGGCUUCUUCGAUUCCCGGCUGUCGGCGAGCCCAACAUCCAGCAGUACGCUCAGAAUAUGGGUCUGCCCGGCUCUCGCAUCAUCUUCUCUCCUGUGGCCCCCAAGGAGGAGCAUGUGAGAAGGGGCCAGCUGGCAGAUGUGUGCCUCGACACUCCUUUAUGCAAUGGUCACACCACAGGGAUGGAUGUUCUCUGGGCUGGAACACCCAUGGUCACCAUGCCAGGUGAGACCCUUGCCUCCCGUGUGGCUGCCUCGCAACUCAACUGUCUGGGCUGCCCUGAGCUAAUAGCACAGAAUCGUCAGGAUUAUGAGGACAUAGCAGUCAAGCUGGGCUCUGAUAUGGAAUUCCUGAAGAUGGUCCGAGCACGCGUUUGGAAGCAGCGAAUCUGCAGCCCUCUUUUCAAUACCAAGCAGUACACAAUUGACCUGGAGAGGCUCUAUCUGCAGAUGUGGGAGCACCAUAGCAAUGGCAAAAAGCCUGAAGCCCUGGUCAAUGUCCAUACAUUAGAGGCCAGUGAGAAUCCCUGAACUGGAAGCAGGCUGAAUUGUUGUCCCUUUGUACCCAAGUCAUAUCCAGCCCUCAACAGCUUUUUUUCUCUUUUUUUCUUUUUCUUUCUUCUUCGUCUUUAAAAAAACGUUAUUGACACUUGCUUGGACUGGUCAGUGUACUUCAGCCCUCCCCCUCCAUUGCUCUCAUAUAAUAUACAUGGGACUCUUUAUUUGUAAAAGAGCCUACAGAUGUACACAUUUCCCCCCAAUCACAUCUGUUGUGUCAUCACACAUCUGAAUUUCCUGAGCCAGAUGCAGCCUGAGACUUUCGGGCAUCGCAUCUGAGACUCUUGUCCUAAAAUACAGUAUAUCUGGUGCGCAUGAGUGGAUUGUGAAUGCCCUGCUUAACCCCUCUGUACUUUCAUCAGUGGACUUUUUUUUCCUUUUCGUUUUUUCACCUGUGUGUACAGGAUUAUCUGCAGCUUGUGGAGAGAAUGCCCAGCCAUCAUUUCUUGUUGAUCUAUUUAUAAAUGGAUUAAGAGUGGUGUGUUUUAAAAGGACAAUGUUGCAUCAUUGAAAUUGUAACUUUUAAGUUUCAUGAGCUUUAACACGCAAUUGUAAAACUUGGAUUGCAACAGAGAUUUCUCUUUAGUUUGUCUUAAACAGAGAUUGCUCUUUAGUUCGUCUUAAACUUUCAAUAUUACAAUGAGUAGAUGUGCAAAUUUUGAGGAAUGUGCUCCAAAUGAAGACCGCUUCCCUUCACCAAAUGCCAGAUUUGACUAAUUCUGUCAGUUGAAGAAUAUGCUCAAUGGCUGUUGUCUUGUAUGCUGUCACACCAUGCUUGUAAAAAUGAUUGGACAAAGCUGCUCAAAAGAGCAUUCAUUUGAAAGGGCCUAAAGUUCCAUUUAGAUCUCAAAGCUGUUCACAAAUGUAUCUUGUUUUUUAAUCACUCAAUCCAGGACUGGCCUAGGUAAGUAUUUUCUAAGCAUUUUUUUUUGUGGUAAUGUCUGUAAACUGUAUGCUGUCAAUGAUGCCACGAGGUUCUAAAUAUAAUUAAAAAGAAUAAAGAGAUGACAGAACUCUGA